AUGGCCACCCUGGAGGAUGCCAAGGGCAGGUGGGACGUCGCCAUGCUGCUGCACCUUGACGUCCAGAGUGCCUUUGACCUGCUUCCGCACGAAGUGAUCGAGGCUGCACUGGACUGCUUAGGCGUCAUAUGUCUCCGGGGCUUCAUCUCUGCCUUCCUGCUGGGCCGGUGCUUUCGGGUGCGGGUAGGCAAGGUGCUCAGCGAUCCCAGAGACAACACCUCCGGUGUACAGCAGGGAUCGGUGCUGAGUCCUUUUCUCUUCAACGUUGGUUUGGCAGGACUCGCAGCAGCCCCAUUACCUGCUGACAGGCGCUACCCAGUCUGCUGCGCUAUCUACGCAGCUGACAUCGCGCUGCGAGUACGAGGACCGAGGAGAAGCAACGCUGUCAUUCGCGGAUCACUGCAGAAGGCCCUGAAAGCGGUUAUCUCCUUCCUCGGGGGCACUAGCUUCUCCGUGUCCCCGGCGAAGACAGAGGCACUACUUGUACACCCGCUGGCCUCAGCACGCCGCUGUGUUAAGCAGCCACGCAUUGCAAAGACCACCGUCGCAUGGAAAUGGGAGGUGGUGUUUGGGCCUAACCAUUGA